AUGUCAGGCAAUAUUAAAGAAGCAUUCUUAAAAUUAGAUCAUUUUUACACAUCUUGUUAGAUUGAUAAGAUUAAAUAUCUAUUUUUAUUUACUUAUGAACAUGACAUAAGUACUCCAGCCUUAUUGCUUAGAAUUUAUGAUGGAUAGACUAUAUGGUUAUUGUAGAUUCUUGAAAAACAUAUAGAAGAAAUGAGAUCUAAAAGUGAAAUUAAAGGAACACUCAAUUCAUUUUUAGAUAUGAUGUAAUAAGCUUUGGAAAGUAAUUAAUAUUAAUUGAUCCUUGAAAAUUUAAAUCUAAAGAUUUUAUUUGAAUUCUAACUUACACAAGGAGUUUUCAUUAAAAGUGUUUUGAAUCUAGGAGGAGGUCUUGUAAUCUAAGAUAAAGAUUCAAUUGAAGUUUCAAAAGAUUUUACAAUGGAUUUAUAUGAAUCUAUGCGAUAUAAAUUUAUUUCUUUAAAAAAUCAAAAAGAAUCAGAAAUUGCUUUAGUUAAAUAAUAAACAAUUGCAUCUAAAGACAAAGAUGUACCAAAAGUGUUUUAAUAAUUAUCAGAAGUAAAGGAAGAACCUCCAAAAAAGAGAAUUGUUAAUGGAGAUAUAGUAAUGCCUAAUAAGAAGAAAAGAAAAGCAAUAGGUGCUCGUUUUGAAUGA